GUGACUGAUGUAAACAAAAGAAGACGACAGGGGAGCCAGAGACGAAAAUCUACCUUUGAGUACAUCAACAUGAAGAAAACCAUGUCGGAAACGAGCAACGGGCCUGCUGAAAAGGAAGAACAGAGGGACACGAAUGACGAGGAAGAUAUGGAAGAAGAUAUGGAAGACUAUGACGAAGAGGAGUUCUCCAAGCUAAAUGCUGAAUUAGAUGCUUUGAACACAGCCCUGGAUGCCAUUGAGGAAAAGAAUGAUUUCAUCAAUGUUCGCUUACGGCAGAUACUGAUGGAAAACAAGUCUCUAAGAGAAGCUGAAGGAUCAGGACAGAAAUGAGUUGCAUAGAUUUUUCUGAGGUCUACAUUUCAUUCAUUUUUAUUUUUUAAGAGACCGUUAUUAUGUGUAUUUUUGUGAAGAAGACUAUAUUGUUAUUAUUAGAUUAUUUUUUAUUGAGUUAUUGCAUAUUUAUGUAUUCCUGUGAAUUGCCAUUGAUUUCAUUGUAUCUUUCAAAAGGUUUCUUGAUAUCAUUUUUUUCUAAUAGUCUGAUACUUAAAUAGGGAAACGUAGAUAAAUAUAGGCUUUAUUUUACAUCAUAUGGAAUUAUAUAAGUGCAAGUACAGAGAUUUAUCCUAAAAAAAAAAACUGGCCAACAAGGAACAGUAGAUUCAUUAGAUGAUAAAAAAAUCUAAUAGAUUCUACGAAAAAAGUACAUGAUAAUUUGACAUCUUGGAGUUGAAAGCUGUUUGUAAAACUAUACUGGUUUGAACCAUGCCAGAAUAUUAGUCCUAAGAUCAUUCAUAUUUUGCAGUUGUUUCUACAUGCACAAAUAUACAGACACAUUAUUUCCAGUCAUACAGGAUUAAUUGUUCUGUUUGUUGGUUAUAUUAGGGACAGGAUGAAAUAUACUUUAUUGUUUAUUAAGAUGUAAUUUAGUGUCAAAAAUGAUAGCCAUAUAUAUGUACAUAUAUUAUUUAACAUUUUGAAUGUACUUUUGGAAGAAAUAUGUAGUUACAAAAGAAUUAAGAAAAAUUCUGUGACCCUAAUGACUAGUAUUAUAUGGCUAUUGUUUGAAGGACAUCAGAAUAUACUGUCUUAAUGUGUAAUUAUGCAAAUACUUCUGUGUACAAAUCCAUUCCAGUAGACAUUGUAUAGCUCCAUAUUCUAUGUAUAUGUUGUGUAUAUGAUUGAUAUAAAGUAAUUCUGAACUAUCA